AUGUCUAAUAGCCCAGCUCAGGUUUCCUCGUCAAGUGAUUCGCCAAAGGAGUCAGAGGGAUUUUUUAACUUUUCCAGAAGAGGCCUUAGUCUUAGUCUUAGUUAAAUUUAUAAAGUAGCUCCCGGCCAGGACCGAAGGUCCUUUUAUUCCGCCUUUUAGACGCCUCGCUUGCUUUCCUUUUCCUGCUCCCAGUGUGCACCUAAGUGCCACAGGCUACCACUCAGCUCCUUCCGGUCAUGGGGCUUGGUCAUGCUAUCCCGGAAGUAAGCGGACUGGGUCACCGUGCUUCACGUGCCAGACCAGGGUUAGAGCUAAGGAUUAACUCCUUAGCUCUUGUCGGCUCCUGCCAUGCCCUCCAAAUUGGCACUAGCAGUCCCUAGAGGAAAAACCCCUUUUUGCCCCGUGUCCUAUCGGGAAGACCCUAGGAUCGUCGUUUCUGGACUGGGAGGGAAACCUAGCUGGACACAAACUACCAGUACCCAUUCCAGACCUUUCCCUGGGCGGAUUGGCUUCAGGCCGCAGCAAGGUCCCCAAUCUCGCCUCAGUUCCGGCGAGGACGGGUCGGUGUCGUCGCCAUUUUAUUUGUGUGUUUUCCAGAAGAGGCAGCACAGCAAUUGGAAGCAGCAGGAUGAAAAAGCUAAGCCAUCUAAAGAAGAUAAAAACUCACGAUGAAGAUGCCCAAUAUGAAUUUAUUUAUCAUUCUAAUCAGUUUCUAAUUGCACUGGCAAUUCACCUCAUUCAUACAUUUUUAGGUCCAAUAUCUUUACCUAUCAUUUUCAAAAUUUUUGGCACAAAUUUGUGUAAAAAUAUGCACUUCAGAUGAAAUUAUCAUUAUAUAAAAGAAAUUUUUACACAUGUAUGUAUCAUUUUAAAUCUUGCUUUUUGCAUAGCUUUUCCAGAACUAGCGUUUAAAUGAAUUGGGCUUGUUGUUUCUGUUCUGGCUGUGAUCGCUCUCAAGAAUUCUUUUCUUUCAAUAAAAUAUGGAUACUACUCUCAGAAGAAGUGAAGGGCAAUGAAGGAAGAAACACUUGAGCGCAGUUUUUUGGACUCAGAGUACCUUGCAUUAGCAUGGUAUUCAAUUCCUGAAUCAGUUAUCGAUAGUGAGCUUGAAAAAAGCUUUAAGCGGCAGAGCAAAAACCCACAUGAACUGUGCUUUAUGUUUGAAACACCUCUGCAGGAGUGCUAUCAUAAUCUGCUUGCAAGCUUUCAGAUUAACCUUGGAAUAGAAACUGUUCAUGAAGGCAUUUCUCAUUCCAACGAAAACCCAUGCUAUCCCCUCAGUGUCCUUGGGAAAAUGCUCAUCAAAGAAGCUGAUAAAAAAGCUCACUAUAAAUUCGAAACAUAUUUUGUCCUUAUGCUGAAUAUUGUCUAUUGUAUUUUACCUUUCACAACGGUAUGAUAUAUUAAUGGCGGUUUCUUUGAAGAAGAUAGUAAUGCUUUAUUAAUUGUAAUUGCAGUUAUAAAUUCCAUUGAAAGCUGCUUUGAAGGUUGGAGACUGCUAAUGUUUGUAUAUAUCGGGAUUUGUGAUUUUAGAAGGAAAAAGAUUAUGAUUGAUGAGUGCACAGCCAUGAUCAGCGAUAUUGAUAUAAAAGAUACAGUAUGGUUUGUCCGCAACUUCCCAAGCGCAGACAUGCACGACUUAAGAACUAUAGAGUCUUGGUACACUUUGCGGACGGCCUCAUUAGAUUUUGGGAGAAAAUUCACGUAUCGGAUAUUUGCUUAUUCUUCUUUUGUUUUGCCUUUGUCUUGCGCAAUGGUUGCCUUAUUUUUGUUGCAGGCUUUUGGGAUUAUAGGAGGAGCCUCAAGUGGAGCUUUAAUAUCGUUGCUGUUUUUUACUAUUGUGAUGCUGAUUCUCAUUAUAUAUAUGACUUUUUCAGGGAUGGAGCUCAACAGAGCAUUCAGUUUGCAUAGAGAUUUGAUAUUAAAUAUCGUUGGCCACAUCAUGAAAGAUAAUAAUUAUAAUGAGGAAAACGAAAAUGUGUUAGCAACUAUUAAGAUUCUGCAAUAUUUAGUCCAAAAGCUAGAGCAAGACGAAAUACUGAGACCAGUCAUGAUCAUGGGUAUCAGACUUGAUUCAGCAUUGCUCGCUAAAGUAGUUACCGUCUUAAUUAGUGGUGUUCUUGGUCUUGUUCAGAUGAUGAUGAGAAGCGGCACAUCAUUGUAA